AUGUCGACGGAUGACGGAAAGCUAGCGCGAUUUCCACUGGCUUCGAUGGAGGCAUUCACUCGCCCCAUAUCUGCUCUAGCCCGGCAUCGAGUCCAUCAACUUACAGACAUACGAGAAGUUUCCGGCUCCUCCAAAACGGCGACACUGGGCCAUUCGGUGCGAGAGUGGAAUGACGGUUGCAUCGACAGACCCGCAACCCCCGCGCCUCAAGCGGAUGCGCUUUCACAUACCACCUCCUCCGAGUAUCUUACACCAACAGCGUUUCGUGCCGGCCCCAGAAAUUAUACAACAGGUCUUGGAAGUCGUGCAACAAGCGCAGUCAGCCUGCCCCAUAGACCCGUCCCCGAGCGCAAGUCUUCCGCCAGUAUUCUCUCCCGGAGCCUUGGCGGUCCUGUGCAAGCUUCGAUGCGUGAGCUGCCCACAUGGAGAAUCGCAGAACUCGAUGGCACCGAUACCCUGGUCCGCGACACAGGUCGAGCCGAGUCCCCUGUUCGGCGAUCAAUAGGUCGUGCGGCUCAAUCAUCUGAGAUUCUCCGUCCUGCCUUCACGCGCACCUUUAUUCGCACCUCGCCUCCGCACGAAGUAUUGGACCACGGUAGCAGUCGUCACCCUCGGGUAGAGCUUUCGGUCAGCGUCCCCUCUCCACUUUUUGUAGGAGGUGGCACAGUGGAAGGACAACUCACCAUUCAGGUGGAUGGCGGAGUAGCAAGAAAGCCCAAGACGAAGCCCAUCUACAUCUCCAAAGCUUGCGUUGAUAUCAUUGGCGUGGAAGAAGUCAACGAUGGCCGACGCUGGGUAUUUCUGUCGCUUGCAACAGAACUAUUGGACAAAGAGAAUCCUCCUCCACCCUCCCUGGUCACAUCGCAGACCCCUGAGCCUGGUGCAGAUCUGUGGUGGGAGAUGAAGUCGGCUUCGUCGCUCGUUCCCUUCUGCGUCAACCUGCCUCUGAAGCUCGGUCCUCCUCCUUACGCUUCGAGACAAGCUUCCAUUCGCUAUCUCCUGUGCCCUUCGAUUGUGGUCAAGACCGGAGACAAACGAACCAUGCUCACUGUUCACGAUCCCGAGAAGGCAUUGGCAAGUCUGGCGAGUCCGCUUUUGGCCGCGGAUACGCUGUACCUGGCUAGAGAGCCUGAUAUCCAAACAGUGAAGUUGACCGCUGGCCUUCAUCGCCAGACCUGGGUCAAUGGCGCGUUGAUCUUCAUUGACGUCCACGUUGCAAACAACACGGCCAAAUCAGUCAAGAAAAUCGAGGUCCAAUUGGAGAAGACGACGCUCUGGUACACACACGCUCCAGCUGGUACUGCAGAGAAGACCGCAAAUUAUCUUCGUCUGCCAAAGCGGACAGACACCGAGAUCGUGAGCGGAACCACCCUGAAGAAAUCAAACACUUGGAAAGGAGUGCCGUCUCAUUCAUCAGAUGUUCGCACAAUUGAACUGGAAGCCCCGCGCGGUCACGUCACCAUCAGCACUGGGAGGUAUUUCGAGGUUCGGUACUUUGUCAACGUCGUUGUCACAGUGAAACUGUUCAAGACAGUGGCGGUCCAACUUCCUGUAACAAUCAUACCUAUCAACUCCUUGGAUAUCUUACCAAACUCGCUCGCGCAGGUUGCCGCUUCGAUCGAAGCGAAGAGAUCUAAAACCGUACCAGCUCCGUCUGCUGAUCCUGGUCAUGCGACCUAUCACCCAGGGCAAGUCUUUACAGUUCCAGUCCGACGCUCCGCCGAGCGUGUGAGAGAAGAAAGACCAGUGCCGCCGGGUGAUCUGGACAGCCUAGCAAAUGAUAUUGACAGGUCUCCUCGCAAAUUAGUGCGUACCCAUGGCCAUUGUAGGAGAGGUCUUUCUGGGACGACCACUGACGAGAACGCCGCUCUGGGACGCCCAAGUAUGGCGUCAUCAUCACACCACCAUCUCCAUAGGCACCCGAGCUGUUACCACUGCCAUAUCGCACCCGAGAACUCUUCUCCACCGAAGCCAAUAGGUCCCCGCUUACCUCGACUUCAGGUCUCGACAUCCGGUUUAGGAUUCUCAGAAUCCGAGUUCGAGAUACCCCCCGAUUCGCCACCUCGAAAAGUCAUGCUGAGUGAGCAAGAGCGAAACAUGAUCAAUCGGCAGAGAGAGCUUCAGAACCGACAACAAAGAAGCCAGUGGGCACCAAAGAGACCGAGGAGGGAGAAGAAACGAGGAGACGAGCCACGCACGUCAAAGGACCAGCCCAGUUACACCAACGUUGUGGCGGAUCCAAAUGCUGGGCCCAAACCAUGUGAUUUGGGGGAUCUUAGCCCCGGAAUCAGGAUGUGGGCCGACGGCACGGCAUCUCAAAAACCAAUGCUUUUAUCCAGCGGGUCUGCAGUCUGCAGAUCAAGAUCCAAGACAAACCCUGAGGGACUGAGAUAUCGUGCCAGCAUCAGCAAACCGCGACGAAGAUCGAGCACAGACAGACACGAACGUGCUCGUGCAUCGGUCGGUGGACCAACAUAUGGCGCGAUGCCUCGCAGAUUUAGCAAGGACAUGGCGCAAAGAGGAAGCCUGGAUCAGUUAUUUUGA